AUGGAUUCCCUCCGCGCUUGCAUCCUUUGCGCCGCUUUCCUCGGUCUCGCCAAGGCUUUUACGCACCAGGAUAUGAAGGACGCGCUGCUGCAGAAACUUGGCUUGGAUGAAGUUCCUAAGAUCCAUAAGAGGGAUUUGGAGAACUUAGUUAUCCCGGCGCACAUCAGAAACAAGUACAUGUCCAUGCUGAAGAUGCACCACAGCAGGAGACGCAGAUCUCUGCCCAGCCUGGCGGGCAUCCUGAGGGGAAUCCCUGGCAAUGCAGAUAUUUCCGGGGAGUAUGUGUAUUCUGACACCACUCGGCAUCGCAUGGUAUUCGACAUGGAGGCGAGGAUCCCGGAUAACAGCGAGGUGACCAUGGCGGAACUGAAGCUCUACCAGCGGGUCUCCUACCACAAACGCUUCGCGGUGGAAAGGAAAAACCACCGGCCCGUCAACAACGCCCGGGUCAGCAUCUACUGGGUGGAGGUGCUGCCAAACGGAUCCAACCGGACGUCGCUGGUAGACUCACGGUUGAUCCCCAUUCACGAGACCGGCUGGAAGAGCUUUGAUGUGACACAGGCGGUGCACUAUUGGUCUAAGACCCAGCAGAAGACACCUAUGCACCUGGAGGUGUGGAUCGAGGGCGAGAGACCUGGCAGCUACGCGGCAGAGAUAGCAAAGAGUGUGCGCUUUACCACCCAGGAGCAGACGGACAACACCUUGGGAAAGCCCGAGCUCGUCCUCUACACACUGAACCUCGAAGAGUACGGUUCUCGUGGCGACUGUGACGUCAACACAAACAAAGACACCUGCUGCAGAGAGCAGUACUUCGUCAACUUCCGCGCUCUCACCUGGACGCAGUACUGGAUCAUUGAGCCAGCAGGUUACCAAGCCUUCAGGUGCACCGGAAGCUGCAAGCAGCCCAAGCGCAACUAUGGUUACGGCGAGAGGCGGUGCACGGCAUCGGAGAGCGCCCCGUUACCCAUCAUGUACCUGGUGAAGAAGGGGGACUACACUGAGAUAGAAGUGGCAGAAUUCCCGAAUAUGAUUGUAGAGAGGUGUGCAUGCACCAUGGACAAUGUCUCCAUAGUAUGA